AUGUCACCCCCCAAUGCCUGGCCCGCAAACCUUUCCGAAACAGCCAAACUAGCCGCCCAAAUGGCCAAAAUCUCCAAGCUCAGAUCCCACACAUACGCCGGCGCAGCAAUCUUCCUCCUGGACAAAAACCUCGGGAAACCCGGCCCUCACCCCAUGGCUCGACGCGGGAGACGACUUCUACAAGCGCAAAAUUUCAUAAAAAGUCUCCCUGCUUUGCGAAAGUAUUCUGAUCUGGGUGGGGAAUUUGCGGGAAAGACUACGACGGGGACGGAUGAGUGGAUCAUUAUGAUUGUUAAAGAACAGCGGCGAUCGAGGAGAUGGAGGGGGGAUUUGGUGAGAUUGUUGGAUGUUGUUCGAUUGGAGAUGGAGAGUUAUUUACAGGCUCUGCGGUACGUUCGGGGUGGAGAGGGAGUGGGGAGGUGUGAUGUUGGGGUUUGGUUGGAUGAGUGUGAGCUUGAUGAAGAGUGGGUUGGGGAUAUUGGGAAUACUUUGGACUGGAUUGAGGAUUGGUGUGGUGGAUACUCGGUGAGGCAGGGGUCGAAGGCUUGUGGAUCGGAAGUGGUGUUCGGGACUGCAAUGAAAGUUGGUAUUGUGUUUCAGAAUCUUACACGGACGAGGGUUACGCGAAGUCCACGCUUACGACUGGAUAUUGAGUUGGCGAAUUAUGGCGAGUUCCACAAGAUCUUGCUGGAUAAGGUCAAGAAGGGAGAAUGUCUUCUGUGA